AUGCGCCGUCAGUUGUGUAUUCAGCGCGCUAAUUUGUUCUUCACUUAUCACUGCCUACGCAUGCUGAUCCUAAAUCGGUUCGGGCGGCACGGUCUGACGACGAUGAUCGGCGUGCAGAGCAUGGAAACUAUGAUCUCGUUGCGGAAAACCGAGAUUGCGCACAAUAUGAAUGUCUUCGUAACAAAUGCGCCGUGA